AUGGCUCGUAUAGUUACAAAUAUAGCAGCUGAACGACUGUUUUCCUUCUUCAAUCGUGUAUAUGAAACACCAAGUCCUUCACAGAGCCUUAGCACUGUUGCAAAAAGGUUCAGCUCGCCAAACUUAAAUUUGAGCAGUGUAUAUAUAAAAAUUUCUGAUAUUUGUGAAAAGCUGGCUAGCCUGGACUUGUCAAAGGGACCGGGUCCUGAUAGUGUGAGUGCAUUGUUUCUUAAGAACUGUGCUUUCUCACUGUCUAGGCCUUUAUGGAUUUUAUUUAAUAAAUCUUUAGCCCUGGGAGUUUUUCCAAAGAAAUGGAAAACCUCCUACAUUAUUCCAAUUUUUAAAAAUUGUGGAAAUCGAGAGAAUGUUGAAAAUUACAGGCCCAUUACAUUGAUAUCGUUAAUUCCAAAGGUUUUUGAAUCAUUUGUAGCAGAUUUUUUGAAGGAAAAAUUUAAAAAUGUUAUAAUUGCACAGCAGCAUGGUUUCUGUGAAGGAAAAUCUAUAACUUCUAACCUUUUAGUUUAUCAUUCACAUAUAGUUGAGGCAUUGGAAAAUGGGCAAUCUGUUGACUCAAUUUAUACAGAUUUUGGGAAAGCAUUCGACAAGUUGAAUAUAGAUAUUCUCAUUGAAAAGCUCUCUUGUUACGGAUUGCAUGGAAGUUUAUUGAACUGGUUAAGAUCUUACCUUUCUGAAAGAGAGCAAUUUGUAAAAAUUAAAAACUGUCUCUCAAAUCCAAUUGCUGUCUUGUCUGGUGUACCACAAGGUGCGCACUUGGCACCCAUUUUAUUUAUAAUUUUUGUCAAUGACAUAGCCCAAUGUUUUAAAUUCUGUUCUUUUCUUAUCUAUGCUGACGAUGUCAAGAUCUAUUUACCUCUUUCUGAUAAUAACUCAACAUUAAAGAUUCAGAGUGACCUUGAUCAAUUUGUUAAAUGGAGUGAAGAAAAUAGAAUGAUCCUUAACACAGACAAAUGUAAAUACAUUCAAUUUUCAAAGUCUAACAAUAAUAUAGUCAGCAGUUAUCACAUAAAUAAUACCCAACUUCAAAAUGUGAAUGUUGUUAAAGACCUGGGUGUUAUAUUUGAUAGCAAAGUAACAUUUUAUCAGAACAUAGAGGUUAUAAGAAAUAAAGCUUUAAAAAUGUUGGGCUUCAUAAAAAGAAAUACAUCUGAAUUUACUAACAUUGGAGCUAUAGUAACUCUCUAUACUUCACUGGUGCGAUCUCAUCUAGAAAAUUGCAGCAGCGUGUGGUCUCCAUAUUAUGUAACUUAUCAGGACAUGCUUGACGGGGUUCAGAGAAAAUUUCUACGAUAUAUAGCUUACAAAAAACACAUUUCUAUUGAGAAUUUAGACUAUAAUGCUCUUGAAAAGGAGUUAAGGAUUGGAUCCCUAAGAGCCAGGAGAGAUUCAGCAGAUAUUAUUUUUGCUUAUAAAUUAAUUCAUGGUGUUACCACUGCCAGACCUGCUUCUAAAGCUAAAUUUUUAUGUUUCUCCUAG